CAGAAGGAGUUUCUUUUUCCCAUUUUCCUCGUAAGCUGAUUAGAGAUUCAGAGCACCGUACUCUUAGCUACAGUUUAUUCACACCGUUGAGAAAAUAUCCUUUCCUACUCUUCGUACUUCUCUCUCUCUCUCUCUCUGAUCUCUCUUUGAGUUACCCUUUACUGUCAUCUCAGUUGACGGACAGCUUAGUUUUUCCAAGUCUAUAUUCGGGUUGAUAACUACUCUGGAUCUGUUUUUGACCCAUAUAUUUUUUGCUAAUUUUAGCUGUUUAAAGCUACUUAAACGAGGAAAAGAAUUCUAGGUCACAGUGUUCUUGGAGUUUCAUCUCAUGUUUUGACUGCGCACUUUUACUCUAAUGACUCAUUUGAUUCCAGUCAGUAUUUGGUCAGUUGAAUAUUGAAAUCGACACAACAUCUGAAUGUAACCAUUUCGGAUUUCCUUUUGGACAUGAAUUUGUGCCUCUUAUCCCCAAUCAACUUGUCUAUAAGCAGUUUAGGCUUAUUGUUGCAAAAAUGCUUGAAAGCUAAGUUGCUGCGACCGUGCAAGCAAAUUCAUGCAUUAAUGUUAACAUCGCACAUUGACAUGAAUGCUUUGUCACUGGAUUCAAAGCUCAUUGGUGCCUAUGCAAGUUGUGGGGAUCUCGGUUCUGCUGAGCUCGUGUUCGAAAGAACCAGAAACCUGAAUAUUUUUGCAUUUAAUUGGAUGAUUUCAGCUUUGGCAUUUCAUGGCUACCCUGAAAAAUCCAUUGGUUACUUCUCUCUUCUUCAACAAUCAAGUAUUAUUCCGAACAAGUACACAUUUGCUAUUGUAUUGAAAGCAUGUGUUGGUCUAAUGGAUCUGAACAAAGGAAAGGAAGUGCACAGUAUGAUAUAUAGAAUGGGAUUUGAGUCAGAGUUAUCGGUUGCCAAUGCCUUGAUUGAUAUGUAUGGUAAAUGUGGCAAUACGGAAUAUGCUCGUUUAGUUUUUAAUGUAAUGGUUGAGAGAGAUAUUGUAUCCUGGACAUCAUUGAUACAUUCAUAUGUCAACAUGGGGAAAAUUGAAGAAUCCUUUAUUUUGUUUGAAAAGAUGAGGUUAGAAGGCAUAAGGCCUAAUGAUUUUACAUGGAACAUUAUGGUUGCUGGAUAUGCUAGGAAAGGAGAUUGUGACAUAGCUUUAAUGUUAUUCUCUAAAAUGAGUAAAGAGGGGUUGACUCCAGAUUUGAUUACUUGGAAUGCAAUGAUUUCAGGGUUCGUUCAAAGCCAGAGGUCAACUGAAGCAUUAGCAUUAUUUCUGGACAUGUUGGAUGCUGGAGUUAAGCCUAAUGAAGUCACUCUCACCGGGCUCCUUCCUGUGUGUGGGUUGAUUGACUCUGUUUCUACGGGGAAAGAAAUUCAUGGCUUAGUAUAUAGAUUAGAGCUUUUUGCUAAUGUCUUUGUUGCUAGUGCUCUCAUUGACAUGUACAGUAGAUGUGGGAGUGUGGAAGAUGCUUGGAAUAUUUUCAAGUCCGUUCCUUUCAAGAAUAUUGCAUCAUGGAAUGCUAUGAUAGGAUGUUAUGGAAAGCAUGGCAGAGUAGAACAUGCAAUCAAACUAUUUGAGAAGAUGCAGUAUGAAGUAGUGCUGCCAAAUGAAGUAACGUUAACUUCUCUUCUUUCUGCAUGUAGUCAUGCUGGUUUAGUUGAGAUAGGUUUGAAGAUCUUUUGGUCCAUGGAGGAGUCUUAUGGCGUUAGAGCAAGGAAAGAGCAUUAUGCUUGUGUUAUUGAUCUUGUGUGUCGUGUUGGGAGGCUGGAAGAGGCUUACAAUAUAAUCAAAGAUAUGCCAACAGAAGUUACAGAUUCAAUUAUUGGGGCUUUCUUCAGUGGUUGUAAGGCCUACACAAGGAGAGAUCUUGCUGAAAAGAUGGCUAAGGAUAUAUUGCACAUGGAUCUGAAGAAGCCUGAAGGUCUUGUAGCUCUCUCAAAUAUUUAUGCUGCUGAAGGAGAGUAGGAGAAUGUUGAGAAUGUGAGGAGCGUGAUGAAGGACAAGGGAUUAAAUAAGAUGCCUGGUUCCAGUCGGCUGUAGAGAACAAGAUGAUAUCCGGAGAUAGAUCUAGGAGUGUGAAGCAAAAUUUGAUUUUAAACCAUUAGAUAACGUGUAUUCUAGAAGCUGUGGCAUAGAUGGAGCAUUACUAAUUUUGGUUAGAGCCAAACUGAUUAGCGCUCUUAAAAAAACUAAUCAGGGCUCUAAAUAUUUCUGUGCAAACUUCAACUAACAGUCUGUUUUGGGAUCUGAAUCAUUUCAUAUGUUUCUCAUUCUUGACCGGCUAGUCUUGUGACCAAGAGACUGAUACUGGCGGAGGCAGCAGGAUAGCUGAAAUAUACUGACUGAAGCUAGACAUAGUUGGGAGUACAUAUCUAUAUGCAUCAUCUUCUGAAUUAGCAGGCGUGUUUGCUGCUAGUUUGUUAAACCCUGGGGUUAUCAAGGCAAUGGGUCGAGGAAGAGGAAAGGGCUGAAGUUGACUGUAAUUGACCCCGAUGAUCCAGGAAGUGAUGAUGAAGAGAAAAUCCCUACUCAGAAGAGGAGAGGAAGGCCACAAAAAUCACUCAAAGAUGACAUUGACGAACAAGCAGCUGAGAUGAUCAAAGAGGAAGAUUCUGCGAAUGAAAAAAGUGGAAUUCUAAACUUGGAGAUAAAAAGUUCUGCAACGGAAAAUGGGAAGAAGAGGAAUCGGAAUACUCGGAUGAAAGAAAAGCAUGAUUCAAUUAAAGAGGAAGAUGGUAAUGGAACAAGAUCAAACACUGAUGAAUCUACUAGGUCAAAUAAUGCUUUCCAUCAUAGGCGGAAAAACAAGCCAACUGACAUUUUGGCUGCCUUUUGUGAUGGCAGAUAGAUCCUUUUACAAUGUAAACCACGCCUUAGUUUCUGUCUUCCUUUCUGUAUGCUCAUUUUUGGCGCUUUAGUACAUUGACAUUUCUUAAACUUUUUGGAAAGGUAUUGAGCCGGUAAUACAAUUUAUGAUUUCCAAUGCUGCUAAAA